AUGCCAGGUUUGUCAAAUGUGGUGGCUGAUGCACUCUCUAGAGUAGAAGUCAUUCGUCUUCCUCUUGAGUUAGAGCUCCCAGAAUUGGCCAAGGAGCAACAACAGGACUCUGAGCUCUCAGAACUGCUGAAAUCUCCUGCCCAUUCUCUCAAUCUAAGACCCAUUGAAUUGGGUCACAGCCACACUAGUCUUUAUUGCGAUCUCACCGGUAAGAUAAUUCGUUCUUUUAUUCCUAAAUAUCUUCGUAAAAGAAUCUUUGAUUUAACUCACUCCGCAUCUCACCCGGGUACUAAAGUUACUGAUCAGCUCAUCAGACAAAAGUACGUGUGGCCGAAUAUGCAUAGAGACAUUGCCACUUGGUGUAAAGGUUGUCUCAAUUGCCAGCAAUCAAAAAUCUCCAGACAUGUCAAAAACGAGCCUUUACAAUUCAUCGCUCCAGAUGAUCGGUUUCGCCAUGUCCACAUGGACUUGGUUGGCCCUCUUAACACUUCCCAAGGCUACUCUUACAUUCUCACAAUGAUUAACAGAUUCUCUAGGUGGGUGGAGGCUGUGCCUCUCAAAGACAUAUCCACUGCGUCAGUUCUUCGAGCGUUUCAGGAAUCCUGGAUUGCUCGCUUUGGGGCACCCAGAUUUUUGACUACCGACCAGGGAUCACAGUUCGAAUCACAGCUCUUUCAAGCCUAUUUUUCUUUUCUCGGUUGUCAGAGAAUAAGAACAGUGGCCUAUCAUCCUGCUGCUAAUGGCAUGAUUGAGCAGUGGCAUCGCAGCUUUAAGGUGGCCGUGAUGUGUCACAAUAAUGCAGAUUGGGUCAAACUUUUGCCUACAGUGCUUCUUGGUCUGCGUACAGCAGUAAGAAGUGACACAGGUGCUUCCCCUGCGGAUUUUCUCUAUGGUACAAAAAUUAGGGUACCUGGUGAACUUUUUCUUCCCAGUGAUUUCACUGCUGAUCCUCAGAUCUUCAUCGAGGACUACAGAGAGCAUAUGAAAAAACUCAGACCUGUACCCGUCACACACAGAUAUAAACCUCGCGCUUUCUUUUUUAAAGAUCUAUACACCUGUUCACAUGUUUUUCUGCGAACAGCCGCAGUCAGGAAACCUCUGGAAAGGCCUUACACUGGUCCUUACAAGGUUUUGGAGAGGAUCUCAGAUCAAGAUUGCAAAAUUGAUUAUAGGGGCACCCCUCGGGUUGUGUCGACCGAGCUUUUAAAGCCAGCACAUUUUGUCCCUAAUGACUUGGUUACUCCGGCGCUUACUAAGAGCCAUCAGAAGGUUCAAGUUUCGACUCAUCCUAUCCCUAUCCUUAAAACCUAUAGUAAUAAGAAAAAAGUGACCUUUGACACUUCUGUUAAGUAG